AUGACCAAAGAUACAACUCCUGCCCUGACUCCUGCCCCGGCUCCUGCCCCGGCUCCUGCCCCGACUCCUGCCCCGACUCCUGACCCGACUCCUGACCCGACUCCUGCCCCGACUCCUGCCCCGACUCCUGCCCCGACUCCUGCCCCGACUCCUGCCCCGACUCCUGCCCCGACUCCUGCCCCGACUCCUGCCCCGACUCCCGACUCCUGCCCCGACUCCUGCCCCGACUCCUGCCCCGACUCCUGCCCCGACUCCUGCCCUGACUCCUGCCCUGACUCCUGCCCCGACUCCUGCCCUGACUCCUGCCCCGACUCCUGCCCUGACUCCUGCCCUGGCUCCUGCCCUGGCUCCUGCCCUGACUCCUGCCCUGACUCCUGCCCUGACUCCUCCUGCCCCCUGCCCCGACUCCUGCCCCGGCUCCUGCCCCGGCUCCUGCCCCGGCUCCUGCCCCGGCUCCUGCCCCGGCUCCUGCCCCGGCUCCUGCCCCGGCUCCUGCCCCGACUCCUGCCCUGA